CCAUUGUUGUGUUGUGUUGGCUUCCCUUUCCCCUCCCUCCCACUCCCAGUCUGUCUCUCUGUCUGGCUGUGCUGUGUACUCCUACUAUAGCGAGACAGAGAGAGAAUCUAAAUCCAAUCUCAAGGACAUGGCCAAGCCCAAGCAGCCGCCUCCUCAUGCUCCUCCUCCGCCGCCGCCCCCGCCUCCGGUGGAGGGCAAGCCCAAGCCUCCUCCUCAUGCGCCGCCGCCGCCGCCUCCGGAGGCCAAGAAGAGCUUCAUGCGCCGCAUGUUCCCCUUCCUCCUCGCCGCCAACGUCUUCGUCGGAGCUUAUAUGCUUAUGAGGACCUACCAAAAGGACUCGGGAAAGAAAGAUACCGAGAAUGAUCCUACUUCUUCUACGCCGACCUCAUCUCCCGCGGCUGCUGAGAAGCCUGCAGAACCAAUUGUUGCACCCAUAAAGGUGCUCACACCAAUCUCCCAAGACGAUCAGCGCCAGCUGUACAAAUGGAUGCUGGAGGAGAAGCGCAAGAUCAAGCCACGCGAUGCUGCGGAGAAGAAGAAGAUUAACGGGGAGAAGGCCCUUCUCAAAGAGUUCAUACGAGCAGGAUCCCUUCCAAGCCUAUAAGAUCGCCAAUUAACUAUUAUUUGGAUCUGUAGUGCUCUUGUGUUUGAUGAUUGACUGGGAACGGUGCGAGUUUGAUUGUAUUUACAAGUCCAGCACUGUAAUCAGAUUUCCAAAUGAUAGUUGUGGAAAGACCCUGUUGAGCUUGAUCUCCUGAAUUGAAUUGGCUUCUUUCAUAGGACAUGUUGGGUAUCAAGAAGCCGAUUUCUGGGAGGCAUGGAAGAUGAUGUAUGAAACUAUUAUCAGUGUUGAUUUGGGCUUUUCAGCUAUUGGUGCUGUGUAAGUUCAUCAGCAUAUAUUGAUGUUUGUGGUCUCUUACAGCCUUGA